GGUGUGUGAGUCAAAAAUUUAGGGAAAAAAAUGUGUAUUUGGAUCCCCGAUCCGCUUAGAUUUGAUGAAUAAAAAAGGACCAUCUUGUUUCCAUUUCUAUCUUUUUUUUUUUCUUCUUUUUAUUAUUUAUUAUAAAACAAUGGUUAGUGGAACUCUUAUAAAAUCAAAUUAUGAAGUACCUUUACAAAUGUUGAAAAAUAUAUGGCAAAAUACUCAAUUAUUUCCAACUGGUACAUCCAAUAAGAAAAAGGCGGUUGCUUUGACACUUGGUGCCACUGUUGCUCUUGUCUGUCGAUUGGUCUUUACUUUCUGUUAUGUACCUAGAAACCUCCGGCACUUACCAACUGUUAGUUGGCUUCGAUUAUUUUUAUCUAUUCUCAAAUUGGAAGAUGCUACUCAGCGUGCGAAAUAUGUAUAUGGUCCUGCUAUGAAAAAAGGCAAUGGGGUUUAUUUGAUCAAUUUCCCUAUAACAUGGACUGUCUUUGUUUCUGAACCCAAAGCUGCCAAGGCCAUUUUGAUGAAGACAGAUAAUUUCCCAAAGAGUAGAGCUGUUUUUGAUGCUCUUGGCAAAAAUAGUGCAGUUUCUAAAUUUUUUGGAAAUGAAAGUGUAGCAGUGGUGAAUGGUGAAAAAUGGAAGAAUCAAAGAAAGGUGAUGAAUCCAGCAUUCCAUAGGGCUAUGCCUGUCAAACUAUUUGGUCGCUUGAUGCAGAAAGGAUUUGCGAUAAUUGAUAAACAACCUGAUCAUGAAGUGGGUGCUUUGGACUUUUUCCAACGAUUGACUUUGGAUGCGCUUGGUAAUGCUGGUUUUGGAUUUGAUUUUGGUUCAUUGGAGGAUCCAAACUCGGUCUGGACGACGACUUAUGAAACUGUCAGGAUUGGAUUGAGAAGUCCAUGGACAUUCAUGUUUCCUCGAUUGGAAUGGCUGUUCCGUAGGAUCAUCCCUGCUCGUAAACGCAUGGCUGAUAGUGUUGACAAAUUGAAUGGAUUACUUUUGGAAAUGAUACAAAAACGACGACUCGCUGUACAAUCUCCUGAUUAUGAUGCUUCUGGUCCUGAACAUGAAAAGGAUUUAUUGACUUUGAUGCUUGAAGCCGAAAUGCGUGGAGAAGGUUUCACCACUAAUGAACAACUAAGAUCAAACAUAGCUGUUUUCUUCUUGGCAGGUCAUGAAACAACUGCAAAUACCAUGAGUUUCUGUCUCUACAAUUUGGCUAUGAAUAAGGAAGUACAAGAAAAGGCUAGGCAAGAAGUCAUCAAAGUAUUAGGUGAUGAUCCUGUGGACGUAUUACCUUCCAUUGAAGAACUUCGACAGAUUCCUUAUUUGGACAUGGUGCUGAAAGAGAAUCUUCGACGUUAUGGUCCAGCUGCCAUGACAAUCACUCGAAAAGCGGUAGAAGAUUUUGAUAUGAAUGGUACAUUUAUCCCCAAGGGCACAUCAGUGGUAGUGGAAAUGAAUGCCUUACACCAUAAUCCUGAAGUGUGGAAAAACCCAGAACAUUUUGAUCCUGAACGCUUUGCUCCUGGUAAUGAACACGAUGUAUCACAUGAAGGAAUGACUUGGAUUCCAUUCUCCUCUGGCUCUCGAGGCUGCAUUGGUCAAAACUUUAGUAUGCAUGAACAAAGAGUCUUCUUGACUAUGUUAUUAAGAAAAUAUGAAUGGGAACUCCCUGAAGACUCGAUCCAUCGAAACGGUGUCAAGAUUGGCAAUUUCCAAAAUGCAGCACCUCAAUCUCUACGUAUCAAAUUCCAUCCACGAUAUUGAUCCAUUUUAUAGUUUUUAUUCCCCCAUGAUAUAAAUAUUGAAAUAAAAACACU